AUGACCAGUGUUCUGUCACAGAAGGGUGUGGAGGUGGAGAUGGAGGUGGAGAUGGAGGUGUGCUCUCCCUGCCUCCGGCUCUGCAUGUGUGCACCAGAACAGAGCCACACCACAAAUACAGAGGUGCUGAAGGUGAUGCGCACCAUGGAUGACCACAUCGUCCAGGGACUGAACACUACCGUGCCCACAGUUUCCUUCUCAGGCAAAGUUGAUGCCACACAAACAUGCAAACAACUGUAUGAAUGUGUGAUGGAGGCCCAUCUGAGCAGAGACCAAGCUAUCAAGGCCUGUAUAGCCAAAACAUCUGAGGUGAUGGGACAGCUGGGUGAGGAAAGAGGAAAAGACUGCGAGGACCUGACAGUCAUCAAACAACUCAGGAAGGAGCAGACCAAACCUGAGACGUCCACCUUGUGA